AUGAGUACCGGCAUCAGCUGGGGUCAAGGUCGAGUGGGAGAGGAACUUGGCGCGAGUUCGUCUUCCUGCGUGCUUCUUUGGCCACUUGGAUACGAGACUAAAAUGAAGGUCCUUUUGCUGGCAACUGUGGCGGCUGUGGCCCUUGGAGACGACGUGGUGGACUUCGAACGGGGCGACAGCGAGUACCACUUCUCUUGGCUCCACGACGGCGGGCAGACCUACGACUGGCAGGGCGCCAACAGCUACUGCUCGAGACUCGGCCGCGGCUGGAAGGGCAUCAGCAUCGAAAGCAGGGAAGAAGACGCCUUCGUCAGCGAAAUCAUCGAUGAGUACGAUCUGCCGUGGGUCUGGACCGGAGGCCAACGCAGGGGACGCGACUUCGUGUGGCCUUCGGGAGCCCGUUUCGUGGGUCUGAACUGGUCUCACACCGGCGGGAAGAAGCAACCGCAACCAGACAACCGCGAGGAAGGGGGCGAGAACUGCGUGGCCGUCCUGAACGACUACUAUGACGACGGCGUGAGGUGGCACGACAUUGCCUGCCACCACGAGAAGUCGAUCAUCUGCGAGCGGUCCGACUGA